AUGCCGAUGUUGCAGAGUACUGAAGAUCCAUCUCCAGACUAUUCUCCAAACAAAUAUAUUCUCAGAUCAUCCUCAAAACUAUCAAAACAUUUUCAAGACCCGGUGCCACCCAAGUUACUUAAACCUUUUGAGCCACCAGCACCAGAAGAAGAGCCAGAGUCAGAAGAGGAAGAAAAAAACAACUAUAAGACCACUGAUAAUACAUCAAAUUCUGAAUCUGAAUCUGAUAAUAGGUUUAAAUCUGAAAAAGAAGACAAAAUAAUAUUUCGAAGAAUAGAAGAUCCAGCUCUGAAAAGGUUAGUAGAAACUAGAAGAAUUUCUGAUCAAGGUUUAUAUAUUGAUCAUCUAGCUAUUAUUUCAGAAACUUAUCCAUAUCAAGAAGAUUCCUUAGCCAUGUUCGAGGAUAUUGAAGACCAAAUUAGUGAUAUUUAUAGAAAAAAAUUAGCUCAAUUAGGGGGUAUUAAAAUAAAAAUCGUUCUUAUUGCUCAUAUGUAUCAGAUUGUACAAGGAGGAUAUUUUGAACAUUGA